CCUGGGUCUAUUUUCGUCAGCUAUUUGGUAAUAGCUCAGUAGUCGGGACAGGGCAUCGUCUGACUCUAUCGUUGAGAGACAUGGACCAGCCGCGUACGGGACACACUUCAUUGACUAAUUUUAAUUGUUAAUACUGAUGCUCUGAAUGCGAAAACAAUAAUUUCCCUGUCGUCAUUAUUAAAUAUGUCAGACAAAGCGUAUAGCUGAAUCAAACUGCGGCUCUAUUGGACUUCAAGUGAUAGAUUGGGAUGUAGGCUAUGCGAAAUUGUGCGGUUCUCAUUGGAAUGCGGUCAUUUUUGGAAUAAACAAACGAUGUGAUGCUAAGGCGCAUCUGCACUGCUGCCAAGAAUAAUAAGACUAUUUGACUGUGGGGAGUUUUCUUGUCAUUUGAUUGCUAAUAAUCCAUCCAGUUGGAUUGUCAAAAACCUAUGAAACGAUUUGAAGGUCGCCUUCGAUUUGAGAUGCUGGCGAUUAACUGCGCUUUAAUUGUAGCGUUCAUGCAUAGCGGGACAGCCUCCAGGUGUGUAGACCAUGCCUGCAGUCCUCCCAUGGGCAACCUGGCCAGUGGUAGGACCCUCACCACCCUCUCAGGCUGCUGUGGGAAUGGGUCCCAGCACUCCCCAUGCCCCACUCCCCUCCACACCUGUCCAGAUCAUCUCCACCCUCCUGCCCACAUGGUGGAUGAUCCCUUCCUACACCCAGACACCUGGUGGGGCUCGGGCGUGGGGACUGACCAGGAGGAGGAGGUCCGUCUGGACCUGGAGACCCGUUUCUGUCUGACCCAUGUGGUGCUGCUGUUCCACUCACCCAGGCCCGCUGCCAUGGCCAUGGAGCGCUCGCAGGACUUCGGCCGGACGUGGGAUACACUCAAGCUGUUUGCACAGAACUGCAGUCUGGCGUUUGGUCUUCCUGAUGACACCAGUCAGCAUGGCUCGCGGUGUACGUCCCGGUACUCCAGUGCCAAGCCGUGCAGCAGGGGAGAGGUGAUAUUUCGGACUCUGGGUCCUGGUGGAUUAGUUGACCCCUACAGUCCAGAGGGCCUUUCCCAGCUGACCCUCACCAACCUCCGCCUCAGACUUCUCAAGGCUCAGACCUGCCCAUUAUCUGUUGCGCCUUCCACCACUUCUUCCUCCAUCAGACUCUUCAAACCUCCUGCGGACCUGAAUCUUCCCCUUCUCCCUCCCCCCCAGCCCAGCUCAGAGGCCCCUGCCUCAGCCCCAUUUGCCAUUUACACUCUCCUGGCUCGGGGGACCUGUCUCUGUCAUGGCCAUGCAGAACACUGCUUACCCCACAGAGGUGGACAGGACACACUGAAGGACAUGGUGGCUGGCAGGUGUGUGUGCACUCACCACACAGCAGGAGAACACUGUGAAAGGUGUGGCCCACUCUACAAUGACCAGUCCUGGAAGCCAGCCAAUGGCAGCAGUGGGGAGCCACACCCGUGUCAUAAGUGUGAGUGUCACGGCCAUGCAGAGAGCUGUCAUUUCUCCAAGAGGGCGUGGCUUUCCUUGGAGGGCACCAGUGGGGGUGUCUGUGACGACUGCCAACACAAUACAGCUGGGCGCAGGUGCCAGCGCUGUCGCAACGGUUACCACCGCCAACCAGCCAUGCCCCUCAACUCCCCCCACAUCUGCACACGUUGUUGGUGUGACCCACUGGGCUCAUUACCAGCCAUCUCUGGGGAUGAGGGCCGAUGGUGCCACCCCAGGAGUGGACAGUGCCAUUGCAGACCUGGUGUGGGGGGAACAGGCUGCAACCACUGCCUCCCUGGAUACUGGGGCUUUGGGGGAGAGGGGUGCAAACCCUGUGCUUGUCCCCAAAACUGUGACCCCCACACUGGGCUCUGCCUGGACAGCUAUGCAAAUAACCAGGUUUUAAAUAUACCUAUGGGAGGCAAGAUUUUUGCCAUGGACCAUGCCUUGACCACUGAGGGUGAGCCAGUGUGGUCAAAGCAACUGGCAGUCUCUGCCCUGCACUACACAGGGAAAUGCAGUUGUAAGGAGAGAAAGUUGAGGAGUGUCUCAGAUCUCUGCAAGACCAAAUAUGCCUAUGUGAUCAAAGCCAGUGUGUUGUCAGCUCAUGACAAGGGGAGCCACGCAGAGGUACAGGUCAAAGUUCGCAAGGUCCUGCGUUCAGGACAGGUGCCUCUCUCCCAGGGCACCCACAGUAUCUACCCCCUCUCCUGGACUAGCCGGGGGUGCACCUGCCCCAUCCUUAAUCCAGGUGUGGAGUACCUACUGGCGGGUCCAGAGGAGGUAGAGACAGAGCGGCUGCUGGUCACCAUGCAGAGUGUGGUGGUUCCCUGGACCCCUCAACUGGGGACCCACAUAUCGGAGGGCCUAAGGCAGGGCUGCCCAGAACACCCUCUCCAAACCCAUAACAGAGCAAUUUGAAAGGAAAUUGGGGGUUGUAUCACUGGUUCAAUAGAUAAUUCAGGAAAGGGACUGAAAGUCAGUGGAAAAGGCUUGACCGAGUGUCUUGACCAAUGACGGCUAUGGAAAAUCUUCCCCCUAAAAGACUACAACCCUGCCAUAUGAUGCAAAGAGGACUGACUGGAAUCUUUUGAGCCAUUCUUGUUAAGAUGAUUUAACUUGGGGGAAAUACCACACACAAACAUUUAAAAAAAAAAAAAGCAUCCUUCUGGAAUCCAAUGAAUGUUUGGGUAGUCAUAUUUGAGCCAUUAUUUUCUGCAAGCCAGUGUUAACUAUCAGACACAACAAACCCUGGUAUACAAGCUUUACAGACUUUGUGUAUGUCAAAAGCCAUGCCUUUAAUGAUAACAUCAAAAUGCCUACUAGGUUCUAUAACAAUAUAUUACAUUCCAGUCUCUGCUUUUAGUGUACUAUAUAUUUAUCAGUAUCCAAUUCCAAUCAUUUAGUGUUCCAAUUAAAAUGCUAAAAAUACACCUACUUACUUAAAUAUUGAGGCACACAAGAGAGUGCACUGCUCUAGUCUGCAGCCUUCUUGGUGGGGGGUUUCCCAGGUCAGGCCACACUCCAUUUUUGUUUCUAUUGUUCUUCUCCAUGUCUCUCUUCAGCGUAGUGCAAUCGCAGGGUGCAGGUCUGGUGGUAAUCUAAGUCUACACAUGUCCCAGCCAUCGCCAUCUUCUUUUCCCGCAACAAAUAGGGCCUACAAAGUACAUCAAAAGAUAAACCUGAGAAACUUAAGUGUUACGAAAAUGUAGCUAAUAUCUUAAUCCAAGGCUGUGUGUGUGGUGCAGUUUUACCAAAGAAUAAACUCAGGAUCCCUGAGGAAGAAUCACUUUCAAAGCAUCAUGGGCCAGUCAUAUAUAUGAAUAGGUAGCUUCAUUUGUGUUUGAAGGAUUUAAACAUAAGAUUAGAAAGGUGUGAAAGAGGAAAUGAGACAUGGUUCAGUAUUAACUUUAAUCAGGAGAGGUUAAAUAGGAGUAGCAGUCCAUUAAGGUUUAAAUGACGUUUUAAAAGCAGGUGAAGGAAGCGCCUGUGGAUGGAUACUCAAGCUUUGCACAAUUUCAACAUUGACUAAAUAGUUUUUGUACAAUGAUUGCCUAGCACCUGUCUAGAUGCUACUGUAUAUAUACACUCACCAGCCUUUCUUCAUAAGAACAGGAGUUGUUGAUAAAAGCAGCCCGCACCAAACAUCUUUGGCCUUUCAGAACCCUCUAAAAAAUACAUACUUUUGUGUAUAUAGUGUAUGCGUACACCCAUUCAAAUUAGCAGAUUAGGCUAUUUCAGUCAUACCCUUUGCUGACAGGUGUAUAAAAUUGAGCACACAGCCAUGUAAUCUCCAUGGACAAAUAUUGGAAUUAGAAUGGCCUUACUGAAGAGCUCAGUGAUUUACAGCGUGGCACCGUCAUAGGGUGCCACCUUUCCAACAAGUCAGCUCGUCAAAUUUCUACCCUGCUAGAGCAGUCCCGGUCAACUGUAAGUGCUGUUAUUGUGAAGCGGAAACAUCUAGGAGCAACGGCGGCUCAGCCAUGAAGUGGUAGACCACACAAGCUCACAGAACGGGACCGCCAAGUAAUCCCUCCUCGGUUGUAACACUCACUACCGAGUUCCAAACUGCCUCUGGAAGUAACGUCAGCAAAAUAACUGUUCGUCGGGAGCUUCAUGAAAUGGGUUUCCAUGGCCAUUUAUUAGCAGCACACAAUGCCAAAAAUCGGCUGAAGUGGUGUAAAGCUCGCCGCCAUUGGACACUAGGAGCAGUGGAAACUCAUUCUCUGUAGUGAUAAUCACACUACACCUUUUGGCAGUCCGACAGACAAAUCUGGGUUUGGCAGAUGCCAGGAGAUCGCCACCUGCCCCAAUGCAUAGCACCAACUGUUUUUCACAGUUCAGGCUAGGCCCCUUAGUUCCAGUGAAGGGAAAUCUUAACGCGACACUAUGUAAUGACAUUCUGGACGAUUCGGUGUUUCCAACAUUGUGGUAACAGUUUGGGGAAACCCUUUCCUGUUUCAGCAUGACAAUGCACUAUUUUGUUUUCUUUUACCUUUAUUUAACUAGGCAAGUCAGUUACAAAGCGAGCUCCAUGCAGAAAUGGUUUGUUUAGCUUGGUGUGGAAAAACUUGACUGCCUGUACAGAGCCCUGACCUCAAACCUAUUGAACACCUUUGCCCAUGAUUUGGAAGAUGUUUUACGAGGUGUCCACAUACACUACAUGACCAAUAGGAUCUCAAAAGGCCCGAUUCCUGAGAUUUACACACUCACUGCAUCUCAGAUUUUCACAUAAAUCAUGCAUUGAUGUCAUUGUGAUUUGCGUAAAUGUAUGCAUUAAACACAUCUCCAUUAUGCACCUCAUAACAAAACCCCAGUUGGCUCGCAGUGUUUCAUUCUCUCCUUAGAGGAAAUUAUUGCAUAGACACAAUGGAUUUCCACUUUCUUAGGGUGGUCAUUUGAUGGAAAAAAUCUAUUAUAUAAUAGUGAGGCAAUGUAGGCUGUGCUAAAACUCAGAUUUAACUGAAAAAUACA